GGGACGUCAAUGCCGGCGGGAGCGCGGGGUUAGCGCGGGAAGAUGGCGCCCCGCGCCCGGCCCCCGCCGCGCCCCGCAGCCCCCCGCGCCCCGGCCGCCCGCUGAGCGCACCCCGCGGUGCUGCUGAUGGAGCCCGCCAAGCUCAACCCCCUCAUCCGGGAUGUCUAUGCAGCUGCUGGCCGGGUCCAGCAGGCUCCUGGUGCCAGCUCAGCACGGAGGGGCAGCGGCUGCAGGGAGCUCAUGGUGCGGCUGAGCGAGGGGCAGUACGUGCUGUGCCGCUGGACCGACGGGCUCUACUACCUGGGCAAGAUCAAGAGGGUGAGUGGCUCCAAGCAGAGCUGCCUCGUCACGUUUGAGGACAACUCCAAGUACUGGGUCCUCUGGAAGGACAUCCAGCAUGCCGGUGUCCCUGGGGAGGAGCCCAAGUGCAGCAUCUGCCUGGGGAAGACAUCGGGCCCCAGGAACGAAAUCCUCAUCUGUGGCAAGUGCGGGCUGGGUUAUCACCAGCAGUGCCACAUCCCGGUGGCGAGCGGCAGCGAGGGCCCGCUGGGCACGCCGUGGUUCUGCCGCCGCUGCAUCUUCGCCCUGGCCGUGCGGAAGGGGGGUGCCCUGAAGAAGGGAGCCAUUGCCAGGACGCUGCAAGCUGUGAAGAUGGUGCUGUCCUACAACCCCGAGCUGCUGGAGUGGGACUCCCCUCACCGCACCAACCAGCAGCAGUGCUACUGCUACUGCGGGGGCCCCGGAGAGUGGUACCUGAAGAUGCUGCAGUGCUACCGCUGCCGGCAGUGGUUCCACGAAGCCUGCACCCAGUGCCUCAGUGACCCCAUGAUGUUUGGAGACCGGUUCUACGUGUUCUUCUGCUCCGUGUGUAACCAGGGGCCCGAGUACAUCAAGCGCCUGCCCUUGAGAUGGGUGGAUGUCGUCCACCUCGCCCUCUACAACCUGGGUGUGCAGAGCAAGAAGAAAUACUUUGACUUUGAGGAGAUUUUGGCCUUUGUGAACCACCACUGGGAUCCGCUGCAGCUCGGGAAGCUCACGGGCACCCCGGUGUCAGAGCGCGGCCCCCACCUCCUCAACGCCCUCAACAGCUACAAGAGCAGGUUUCUGUGCGGGAAGGAGAUCAAAAAGAAGAAAUGCAUCUUCCGCCUGCGCAUCCGCGUGCCCCCGAACCCCCCCACCAAGGUGCUGCCCGAGAAGGGCCCGGGCGAGGGCGAGGGCGGCUCCUGCGAGCUGAAGAAGAGGAGCAGAAGCAGAUGUGUCCACAAGGAUGGGCUCCUGCCACUGCAGCAGCACCAGCGGCGAGCGGCCAAGCGCAAGAGGGCCAAGUUCCUGCUGGAGGAUGCCAUUCCCAGCAGUGACUUCACCUCUGCCUGGAGCACCAACCACCACCUGGCCAGCAUCUUUGACUUCACGCUGGAUGAGAUCCAGAGCCUGAAAAGUGCCAGCUCAGGACAGACGUUCCUCUCAGAUGUGGACUCCACGGAUGCCGCCAGCACCUCAGGCUCGGCCACCACGAGCCUCUCCUAUGAGUCCAGCCAGAGGACCGUGGGCAGCCGCAAGCGCAAACUGGCAGCCCCCAAGUGCAGGGGAGGGGACAGGGGCGGCCGCCCGGCCCCGGGCACCCCCGAGGGCAGCGAGGAGACCCCGGGCGGCCCCGAGCACCCCGACGGUGGCGGCAUCGACAGCCACACCUUCGAGAGCAUCAGCGAGGACGACUCGUCGCUCUCCCACCUCAAGUCCUCCAUCAGCAGCUACUUCGGGGCCGCGGGCCGGCUGGUCUGCGGGGAGAAGUACCAGGUGCUGGCGCGGCGCGUGACGCUGGAGGGGAAGGUGCAGUACCUGGUGGAGUGGGAAGGCACGACCCCCUACUGAGCCCUGCCAGCCCUGAGACCUCUCCUGGAGCCAAGCCAGAGGAGAUGGGGGCGCUGGGGCAGUCCUGGCCUGGAGGCAGAGGAGGGUGCUGGUGCCCCCGGGAGCCUCCGCGGGUGGAGGCAGCGCCCGCGCCAGCACCGCCAGUGGUGCUGCCAAGGAACGGAACCUAAAGCCUUGAUGCUCUUUUUUUUUAAAAUUUUUUCUUAUUUUAACAAUUUUUAGUUUCUUGGCCAGUUUUUUUCCUGGCUGGGAGCGUGGCCCAGCCACACUCUGCUGGUGGAGCCUUUGGCCGAGCCCAAGGCACCAUCACGAUGGUGGUAAGAGCAGUGAGUGGCUCUGACCCCUCCAGAAGGGUCCCCUGGCACAGCUGGGGAAGCCACUUUGGGGGACACCCCACAACCUGCUCACAUGGAUGGAGGUCAAAGCCUGACUUGUCCCUGCAUCCCAGCCUUACAGAGCAGCCUCGAGGGGGUCCCAGUGCCCAAGCACAAAGCCCCUCCUCCCCCCAGUGCUUUCCCAGCCCCUCACUGUGCCUGUGGGAAAAGAGGGGUGACUCUUGGGGUUUUCUGCCUCAAUCCUAAAUCCAUUCAUUAAAGGAAUGUGGUUUGUUUUAAAUGAGGGGAGCAAACAGCCCACGUGUGGCUUUCACGGCCACAGGGCAGACGUUGGUGGCUGCUCUCACCUCUCAACCUGAACUGCCUGUGAUGCUGCACCAGCUUCAUUUCCCUGUUCUGACAAUCAUGACCCUGGAAGAGAUUGGCCAAAAGAUCCUCCUUUGCCUUAAAGCACUUAAAGGGCACUUCACAGACUGGAGCCCGAGGCCUUUGUUCUCACAGGAAUCUUCACCCUGAACGUGCCAAACCAGCAGACAAAACCAAAAAGGCUGAAGAGGACAGUGGGGACGUGGGGAGGGGGUUGUGCCAGUGCCUCCCUGGAGAGCACUUGAUGUUUGGGAACACCUGGGGUUGAUUUGUCUGUGGGAGGGAAGGAACAGCCCCCUUCUCUAACAAGGCAACACUGCCAGGUUGGGCAGGAGCAAAGCAGUUGGCUUUUUAAAAAAGAUUCUAAUAUCAGAUAUAUUUGUUAGAUUUUUUUUUUCUUAAAAGAUAUAUAUAUAUAUUUAACGUUGUCCUCCUUGUCUCUCCCCCAUCCCACCACGGCUGUCCCAUGGGAUGGAGGGUGGGUGGGCUGGGUGGUCUUGCUCCAUCAGCAGAUCCUGUCCUGCAGCCCCAUCACCGUCCAUACCUGUGCCUGUGGGAUCUGCUGACCAGAGGGUGAGUUGAAAAGGUUGUUUUACUGAAAAAGUACUUAAAAAAAUCCCUCAGUGUAGCUGACCCGUGCUGUGGUGCAGAGCAGCAGCUUCUCUGCAGCCUGGGGGGUGGUUUGGGCCAGGCAGGAGCUGGUUCAGUGCCUGGAGAAGGAGCCUGAGGAUCUGGCUCUGGAUCAAAGCACUGUCACUGCUUCCUCAGGGCUGCCCAGUGCCCUGUGCUGGGGGACAGGCUGUUGGCCCCUUGUGCAGGGACAGCUUUGGGAGGGAAGGCUCUGUCCAGCUCCCAGCCAUGAGAUGGUUUGGGCUGAGGGCUCAGCUGUGCCUUGGGGAGUGGUGCUUGGCACCCUCAGGGUCUGCAUCCAGAGGAACCCCAUCCUUUAGGGAUGUGUGCUGCCAGGCCCCCAUCCCUGGCAGGGCGGGGUCCAGCAGCUGGAUCACUCCCCAUCCUGCCUGGGCUUUGUCACCAAAGGAUCCCUUAAAAUGUUUCCCUUCCUCGAGUGCCUUGGGAGCCCCUGCCAAGGGCUGUGCCAGGCCGAGCAGGGUCACUCCUGUGGGAUGUGCCAGUGGACAUCACAGCCACAGCAGCACCCACGGGAUGGGGCCCCUCUCACUGGGGGCCACGUGGUUCCUCUCUGUUCCCUCUCAUUCCCUCCUGGCUUCUUGCAGAGAAUUGAAUGUGGAGCCUUUGAAAGUAUUUUUGUUGCAGAGUAUAUUUUGCAUUCGCUGUAAUCGAGAUUAUAACGGCUCUGUGCACCUUCUGAUUUCUGAGUUCAGGUUGCUGCUUGUAAUAACCAACUCUCCUUAUACCCAAGUUGUAAUUAAUAUGUCUGAUGUUCUGGUGUACAAUUAAAAAGUCUUUUUUUUUUUUUCUUCUUU